AUGGCCAAAACGACUGCUCCCGCAAGGUCCCCUCCUACGAAGCCUCCUCCUUCCAAACGCAUCAAGACCGAGGUCAAGGAUGAUCCUGACCCUAGCUCUGAGAUGACCCUCUCCGACAAGUGCGCUGAAGAUGACAUUCGAAAAUUCGACAUUGGCACCAAGGUCUACAAGAGCAAUCUUCCAUCGCCAGUCAAGACGACUCGGUUCGAGGUCACGAAUGCACGUCUCGACGAUGGAGGGCAGUGGCUCUAUACAAUCAAGAAUAAGGACUUCAUGGGUGAGGGCAGCACUAUGACAGUUCCUGAAAGUCAAAUCUUCACCGUUGAGCAUCCUCUGAAGACAACUUUCAAAUUCCCCGUGCAUGGCACUGCAAAGGUCACACACGCCGUGGGAGCGAUCACGGACUGGAACUUCGUGCACGGCCAGGUAGUGUACGACUUGACAUUCGACAAGAAGAUUGCACGCCACGAUCUGCCAUGA